CUCAACACAGGCUCUGAAAAAAUACCGAUAGACUGAGUGAGCGCGCACAGGUCCGUACCCAGUGAAGGAAGCGUUCGGUCAUGCUGCGCACCUGCCAAACCUCCGCUCCAGCUCCGGACUGCUGAAGAAAAGAAAAAGAAAGGCAACUUUUGGGGGAAGAAGUUGCCAUCACCUCGGUGUGCUGCAGACGUGGAGGUGGAGGGGCAAACUAAAGUCCCUCCAUCGAGUUGAAUCAACCCCUUUUUCUUCUUCACAUUUUCAUCCUUGAUCGGAAGGCGAAACGGCGACUUCAGUUGAUUAUCUGUCUUUCCUUUACUAUCCAAUGGAUAUUCACUGCAAAACAGACCCCUUUACCGCGAUGCACCGGCACGGAGGUGUGAACCAGCUCGGCGGCGUGUUCGUGAACGGCAGACCGCUCCCGGACGUGGUGAGGCAGCGGAUAGUGGAGCUGGCGCACCAGGGAGUCCGACCCUGCGACAUCUCCAGGCAGCUGCGGGUCAGUCACGGCUGCGUCAGCAAGAUCCUGGGCAGAUACUACGAGACUGGCAGCAUCAAACCGGGCGUGAUCGGUGGCUCCAAACCUAAAGUGGCCACGCCAAAGGUGGUGGACAAAAUCGCAGACUACAAGAGACAAAACCCCACCAUGUUUGCCUGGGAGAUCAGAGAUAGGCUGCUGGCAGAGGGCAUCUGCGACAACGACACUGUCCCCAGCGUCUCAUCGAUUAACCGGAUCAUCCGAACAAAAGUCCAACAACCUUUCCAUCCGUCUCCUGAUGGGACGUCCCUGUCAACACCGGGCCACACUAUAGUACCAAGUACAGCCUCUCCACCUGUAACCAGCGCCUCCAAUGACCCUGCAGGAUCCUACUCCAUCAACGGGAUUCUGGGUAUUCCGCGAGCCAAUGGCGAAAAGAGGAAAAGAGAUGAAGAUGGUUCAGAUGGUUCUGGCCCAAACAGUGAUUCUCAGGGUAGUGUGGAGAGUUUACGGAAACACCUGAGGGCAGAUGCGUUCACCCAGCAGCAGCUGGAAGCGUUGGACCGGGUCUUUGAGCGCCCUCCAUACCCUGACGUCUUCCCGACAUCGGAGCACAUCAAACCCGAACAGGCUAAUGAGUACUCGCUCCCUGCCCUGAAUUCCAGCCUGGACGAAGUCAAGCCCAGUUUAUCCUCUAGCGCCAACCCAGACCUGGGCCCCAGUGUGUCGCAAAGCUACCCUGUAGGUCGGGAUAUGGCCAACACAACCUUACCCGGGUAUCCCCCUCACGUCCCCCCCACAGGGCAGGGCAGCUACCCAACCUCCACGCUUGCUGGAAUGGUUCCUGGCAGCGAGUUUUCGGGGAACCCCUACAGUCAUCCACAGUACACGACCUACAAUGAAGCCUGGCGAUUCAGCAACCCAGCAUUACUAAUGCCGCAUCGAGAGGCUCUGCCCCUCCCACUGCUGCCACUGCCUAUGACCGUCACUAGUUACCAUGGAAACCAAAUCAACCUGCAGGACCAUGGCCUCUGCCUCCAUAUUGCCCCCGUGUGAGCAGCAUGGUCCACUGGACACUGAGCAAAUGCGCAUAAAAUGUUCCCCGACUCACACAAAGAGCAAGUUAUCGUCUUUUUUGGGGUGGGGGGGCGGAU